AUGAAAUGCAUAGCUGUUGUGGGACCUCAUUCGCCAUUUGCGAAUGAAUUUUAUGAUUAUGAGCUGCAGCUGGUGGCGGUGUCUGGGAAGGAGAGCUCGAGGGCAGAGCUUCUGGUGACGGUGCUGGACGCCAACGACGAGCCGCCAGUGUUCCAGCAGGCCGUGUACCGCACAGAGCUGCAGGAGGAGGAGGACCCUGCUCACCUGCCCAGGACUAUCCUUACGGUGAGAGCUGUGGACGGCGACGUGGGCCGGCCUCAGGACAUUGUGUACUCCAUCUCAGGCCCAGGCGUCGCUCCAGAAGGCUCUGGGGACGACGACUUCUUCCGUGUUGACCCCAACACUGGAGAAAUUUUCGUGCUAAAGCCUCUGGACCGCGAUCCCCCGGCAGGCCGCCCGCUGUGGCGGUUUACGGCUUUCGCGCAGGACGAGGGCGGUGCCGGGCUCGUGGGCUUCGCCGACGUGCAGGUCACUCUCAGUGACGUCAACGACAACUCACCCUUCUUCCCACAGCCGCUGUACCACGGCUACGUCGUCGAAAACGCUCCUGCAGGUACGUUUAUUCUGAACGUCACAGCAGUGGACAAUGAUGACCCAUAUGAAGGAAGCAACGCCAAACUGAGAUACUCAAUUGAAAAAAAUGCCGUGGAUGAACGAACAGGCUCGCCCAUGUUUGAAAUCGACCCUGACACUGGCGAAUUAAUGACGGUGGUUUGCUGCCUGGACCGAGAGCGUACGCCCAGAUUUACCAUUCAGGUUGUCGCUAUAGACGGAGGAGGCCAGGAAGGAACAACAACUGUAUCAAUCACAGUGAAAGAUGUGAAUGACACACCACCAGAAUUUUCUAAACUGGAAUGGUUUGUGGAAGUGGAUGAGACGGAUGGAGAUAAUAUUCCAAGAAAGCCUAUUCUUACUGUAACUGUUCGUGAUCAGGAUGAAUCCAACACGUUUCAGUUUAAGGUUGUCGAAAAUAGUGGCUACGGUUCAAAUAAAUUUUCACUUGUGAGAAAUAAUGAUGGAACUGCUUCACUCAAAGUAAUUCGACCCUUGGAUUAUGAGGAUGCCCAUGGCAACAUCAUGAGGUUCCAAAUACAGGUUACUGAUAAGGGUGAUAAUGAUACAUCACAACAAUAUUACACAAGAUAUGCUUGGGUAACUGUUAAGCUCAGAGAUAUUAAUGACAAUAUGCCUGUGUUUGAGAAACUUCAUGCUGAGGUUACAUUACCAGAAGACGUUGCAGUGGGAAAAAUAGUUGAAAUAUUUAAUGCAAAGGAUCCUGAUGGUGAUGGCAAGAGCAAAGUGUCUUACAGUAUCUCAUAUGAUCUAGAUGCUUUGCAGCACUUUUACAUCAAUCAGGAUGGCAAAAUACUGAUUAAGAAAAAACUUGAUAGAGAAGUCACUCCUUGGCAUAAGGUUAACAUCUUAGCAGUUGAUGAUGGAAUUCCAGCAAAGACAUCCACAGCAACUUUGUUAGUCAUUGUUGAAGAUGUUAAUGAUAAUCCACCACAUCUCCUGGAGAAUUAUAACCCUGUUUUAUAUGAGCAUACACCACCUACAGAAAUUAUAGAAAUACUUGGAGCAGAUGCUGAUGAUUAUUCAAGAAAUAAUGGGCCACCAUUCACAUUUAGAAUGGCUCCCAAUGCAGAUGAUAAGAUCAGGCAGUCAUUCAGUGUAACUUUUGAUCAAAAAGGUCCGAAUGGCCAUGGCUCAGCUGUUAUAUCAUCAUUGAGGUCUUUUGACCGAGAAGAACAAAAAGAGUACUUUGUACCUAUACUAGUGACAGAUGCUGGCCACCCUCAACUCUCUGGAACAGCAACUGUGAGAAUUGUUAUUGGUGAUAUCAAUGAUAACAAAAUGGGACCUGGAAAUAAAAAUGUGUUGGUUUAUAAAUAUCAGGAUCAAACUCCAGAAACAGAUAUUGGGAGAAUAUAUGUUGAAGAUCCAGAUGACUGGGAUUUAAGAGAUAAAACAUUUUAUUGGAGGACAUACGAACAUCAUAGAUUCAAAAUUGAUGAAGACACUGGGAUGAUUACAAUGAAGCAUAAUACACCUGAUGGAAUCUAUAAGCUGGAUUUCAGAGUAUGUGAUCACAUGCACUUGCAGAACAAUGUGACAGCAAGUGCGACUGUCACAGUUAAAACUAUUCCAUAUGACAGAGUAAUUAAUUCAGCAUCAGUACGAUUUCAUGGAAUAUCAGAUGAAGAUUUUGUAAGAGAAUUGAAUGAAACAGAUAACAGAGUGGAACGUUUUAGAAGCUACGUUGCAGAAAUACUCAACACUGGAAAGAAAAAUGUGGACAUUUUCAGUGUAAAGCAGCACAGCUGGCAGCCCCCUGUACUUGACAUUUUCUUUUCUGUUACUGCUUCAAGACAUCAAAGACAUGAAACAGUAAAUGGCCUUUUGCAGAUACAUAAAGAAGAGGUUAAAAGAAGAACUGGUCUGGACAUGUCAAUGGCUGGCAUAAAUUACUGUUUCAUUGAAAGAGUGCAAUGCCAAGAGUCAUGUACUGAUAGCCUCAGAGUAAUAAAUCAACCACACCUGGUGGAUGCCAAUUUUACAUCACUAGUUGGCCUAACAAUCAUAGUUACACCAGAAUGCAGGUCCAGAAUAAAGAACUUUGCCUCUGAAAAUUGUGCAGAAUAUCACUGCUAUAAUGGAGGCCACUGUCUCCAGAAAGGCACCAAUUUACGAUGUGUAUGCCCUGUUGGUUUCAAAGGACCUCGUUGUCAACAGACAGUGAGAAGUUUUCAGACUGGUGGAUGGGCUUGGUUUUCUUCACUCCAUCCACAAGCUGAAAAUCACCUCAGCCUAGAAUUCAUAACACAUAAAGAAGAUGGUGUGCUGUUGUACAAUGGUCCUUUGUCAUUCGCCACUUCAAAUAAUGUAUCAGAUUACAUUGCAUUAGAGAUAAGGCAGGGUGAACCCAGACUGUUGGUCCAUAUAGAUGAUAACACAAUAGAACUAAUCUUGAAAGUAACAAACUAUGUAAAUGAUGGAAAAUGGCAUCAGGUUGACAUAUACUGGAACCACAAGAAUAUUCGCCUUCUGCUUGACCACUGCAAAUCGGCUGACGUAUUGGAAGUGAAAGAAAUAUCAGUACCCUUCUUCAAUGGAACCAGCUGCAUGGCUGAAAAAGAACUGCCUCCAUUCAGCAGGCAACUCCUUUUAAACAGUCCUCUUCAGAUCGGUGGUAUUUACUGGAAGUUAUUACCUACAGAAAUGCGGAUGUGGAAUGCAAGUCCAAGUCCUACAAAUUUUGAUGGCUGUCUGAGCAACCUAUUUUACAAUGGACAGAUAAAGCAAAGAAAUGUAUAUUUCAAAUAUAAUUUAAACAGUAAAAACAUAGAAGAGAGAUACACCUGUUUGUGUUAUGUAACUGUUGAUGAUGGAAACUGGCAUACUGUUAAGGUUUCACGAUAUGGGUCAUUAUCAACUCUGCAGCUAGAUGAUGGUGAGUUCACACGAUAUAAUCAAACAUCAGUAUUUGAAGGGCAUCAGUGGUUGGUGAUUGAUAAACAGGAAGGAAUCCAUGCUGGUGGGAAAGCUGAAUACACUGGCAUGGACACUUUAGAAAUUUAUGCUGAUUUUAAGAACGGCACUACUUCGAUAUGGGCUAAUCUUCUGGAGAAAUUCAGCCACCAGCAUAAAGAUCUUUAG